CUCAAGAAUAAUUUGCAGACAACUAAUGGAAAUGAUUACGAGAUCCUAAUCGGAGACAACAGUUUUAGUGCCAGUACUUCCGCCUCGAGUUCUGUGUCGGGAAGCAGUACUAGUAGUGAAGACCAUAAGACAUAUCACUAUUAUGUCUCAUCGCCUCAUCAUUUCUUACUUUCUUCUCACUCUUUGAACAGAAGGCAGAGUUUCAAAUGCGGGACCAAUUGUUACGAACGCAACAGACAUNAUGUCUCAUCGCCUCAUCACUUCUUACUUGUGUUAUUCCUCAUAAUAUACGUUAUGCUCAUUCUGUUGGGCGCCUCAGUCUUCUCACUCUUUGAACAGAAGGCAGAGUUUCAAAUGCGGGACCAAUUGUUACGAACGCAACAGACAUUCCUGGCCAGACAUCCCUGUGUCGAUGCCGAAUCGCUCGAUGCGUUUGUCGAGUCCGUAAUUAAAUCAUUGGACAAAGGGGUGAAUUUGCAUCAACUCAAUCAAGUGCUCAAAUUGAGAGGUCAUCGCAAUCUAAAUGCUGCGCCCACUCAGCCAUCGCUAACACAUACUGCUCAGAGUAUUAGCCACAGAACUGAUGACAACGACAAGCAAUUCAAAGAAACCUAUAAGAGUUACACUAAAGAACCUAAAGUGGGAUCUCAUGAGAAAAGAGAGUCAAAAGUGCGACAGAAUAACCAAAUGUCAGAUGUGUUGUCGUCUGGUAUUCCCACAGAAUAUUCCAAUUGGGAAUUCACGUCGAGUUUGAUGUUUGUGACGAGUGUUGUGACCACUAUUGGUUACGGACACAUCACACCCAUCACAACGGAGGGCAAAAUAUUUUGCCUCAUAUUCUCGUGCGUUGCCAUCCCUUUCACUCUAGUAUUUCUAUCGAUAAUAGUAUCGCUACUAAAGAACGGUCCGAUCAGGAUAUUUGAGAAAUGGCUCAUCAAAAUGUUUUCCACACGCUUUCAAAAUACGCCCGAUUUCUUCAUACGAUUACUUCAUGUGAUGAUUGUAACCAUAAUUCUACUCUUAUUAAUAUUAGUUUUUCCGGCGUUUCUCUUCUCGUAUAUGGAGAAGGAAUGGUCUUUUCUCGACGCUAUCUAUUAUUGCUAUAUAAGUCUGACAACUGUUGAAAAAGAGGAAAUCGAUGAACACAUGAAAAUUGUUGAGUUCAAUAAGACCAACAAUUAUGGCACUCAAUUCAAUGCUCAAAAA